AUGCGGAAUCAUCUGAAAUCAAGGCAUCAAAUCUCCGUCGAAUCUGCUCCAAUCCACCAGCUUCAGCAGCUUUACAUCAAAGCACAGUCAUUUGGUCAAACCCAAAAUAUUGAUACAAAAGUUUUUCAGAGGAUUCUGAGCCAGGAUGUUAUUGAUGAAGCGAUCGAACAAUCCUGGCAAGCUCAAAAGGAUAUCGUACAGAAAAAGCUCCAAUCCGCAUCAUUAAGCAUCCAUCUUUCACUUGACAUCUGGACCUCACCAAAUCGGAUCCUCUUUCUCGGAAUCUGUGCUCACUUUGUUGAGCAGACUCAAGAAAAGCUUUGCAAAGGCCUCCUUGCUCUUCGAACUGUAGGAAACCAUAGUGGAGAUGAGCAGUUCGCUACUCUUCUUCCUGUUCUGAAAGACUAUGGUACCCAACAAAAGAUUGGGUCAAUUAUUUGUGAUAAUCACACUACAAAUGAUAAGCUUUGUCGAGUAUUAGGAAAUUAUCUUCAGGAAGAAGAAGGAAUUACGUGGAACUCUACAUAUCGUCGCAUCUUCUGUAUUGGCCAUGUUAUUAACUUGGCUAUGCAAGCGUUUCUAUUUCAAAAUAUGCUAGAGAUGAAGCAACUAAGUUCAUGGGAUGAAAUAGAAACUACAGAAGAUGAGGGACAGGAAGAAGACAAGUUACAGAGACAGGCCACUAUUCAUAAAAUAGGCCCGCUGGGAAAACUCCAUAACAUAGUGACGCACGUUCGUGGUUCAGCUGACCGAACUAAAGAGUUCAAAGAUCUUGCAGGGAGGUUGAUUCCACUCGAUAACCGCACCAAGUGGAAUAGCUGGUACUAUAUGCUUCACGUGGCGCUCCAGUUUGAUGGUGCCAUUAACACUUAUACUAAACGGCACUUUGCUGUGCUUAAAACAGAGUAUCUGUCCCCAUUAGACUGGGAGAUGCUCCACAGAACUAGCAAAUUUCUUAGUCUCUUUGAUCGAGCAACCCUGAAGACCCAAGGAGAUCAAGCGACAAUUGACAAUGUGCUUUUUGUGAUGGAUAUUAUUAUCAAACACUUUGAGAAAGCUCUUAUUCAGAAUGGUGAACUGGAGAAAGAGCUGGCAAAAGCCUGCAUUACAGAAGGUGAAGAAGCUUUGGGAGGAGUAUCGGCAAAGACUCCUAAUUAUAUGGUCAUACAAUCAUAUGAGCGGAAUACUCAAGACCUUAAUGAUUUUGACCUAAUUACUCAAGAUUUGGGCAAGUUUGCUCGACCAGCAAGUCAGGAUAAAUAUGAAGAUUACAAUUCUGAGUCUCCAUACAAGGUCCGCAUGAGUGCUCUGACAUGGUGGUGUCAGGAUCAACAGCAAAAACGUUGGCCAAGAUUGUCAUACAUGGCGAUUGACAUUCUAUCGAUUCCUGCGAUGAGCGAUGAACCAGAACGAGCUUUCUCCGGCGCUCGUCGUACAAUCUCUUGGGAAAGGGUUCAACUAUCAGCUGAAAACAUCGAGAGGAUAGAGUGCUUAAAAACUGGUAAAAGAGUGGGAUUGCAGAGGAGAAAUACUAGUUAA